UUUCCCGCCAAACCCGGCAACAACGGGAUCUGUGCUUGGAGGGGAGAGGUUCGAUCAUGUCCGGCUUCGACGACCCAGGCAUCUUCUACAGCGACAGCUUCGGGGGGGAUCCCGCCACCGAUGAGGGCCAGACCCGGAAAUCCCAGCUGCAGCAGCGAUUCAAAGAGUUCCUGAGGCAGUAUCGGGUGGGCACCGACCGCACUGGCUUCACCUUCAAAUACAGGGAUGAGCUGAAACGCCAUUACAACCUGGGCGAAUAUUGGAUCGAGGUGGAGAUGGAGGACCUGGCCAGCUUCGACGAGGACUUGGCCGACCACCUGUACAAGCAGCCCGCGGAGCACCUGCAGCUGCUGGAGGAGGCGGCCAGAGAGGUAGCGGACGAGGUGACCCGCCCGCGGCCCGCCGAGGAGGAGACCCCGCAGGAUAUCCAGGUCAUGCUGAGGUCCGACUCCAGUCCCGCCAACAUCCGCAGCCUGAAGUCGGACAUGAUGUCCCACCUGGUGAAGAUCCCCGGGAUCAUCAUCGCGGCCACCGCCGUCCGGGCCAAGGCCACCCGCAUCGCCAUCCAGUGUCGCAGCUGCCGCAAUACGAUCACCAACAUCGCCGUGCGGCCCGGCCUCGAGGGCUACGCCCUCCCCAGGAAGUGCAACACAGACGCGGCGGGUCGCCCCAAGUGUCCCCUGGACCCCUACUUCAUCAUGCCGGACAAAUGCAAGUGCGUAGAUUUCCAGACCCUGAAGCUGCAGGAGUCGCCGGACGCCGUGCCCCACGGCGAGAUGCCCCGCCACAUGCAGCUCUACUGCGACAGGUACCUUUGCGACAAGGUGGUCCCCGGGAACCGCGUCACCAUCAUGGGCAUCUACUCCAUCAAGAAGUUCGGCCUGUCUGCCUCCUCCAAAGGCCGAGACCGCGUGGGCGUGGGCAUCCGCAGCUCCUACGUCCGGGUCUUGGGGAUCCAGGUGGACACCGACGGCUCGGGCCGUAGCUUCGUGGGCACAGUGACCCCUCAGGAGGAGGAGGAUUUCCGCCAGCUGGCAGCCCUGCCCGACGUCUACGAGACCAUCUCCAGGAGCAUCGCGCCCUCCAUCUUCGGCGGCACCGACAUGAAGAAGGCCAUCGCUUGCCUCCUCUUCGGAGGCUCCCGCAAGAGGCUCCCUGACGGGCUGACCCGCCGUGGGGACAUUAACUUGCUGAUGCUGGGAGACCCGGGCACAGCCAAGUCUCAGCUGCUCAAGUUUGUCGAGAGAUGUUCUCCCAUCGGGGUGUACACCUCGGGGAAAGGUAGCAGCGCAGCGGGGCUGACGGCGUCCGUGAUGAGAGAUCCCGCGUCCCGGAAUUUCAUCAUGGAGGGGGGGGCCAUGGUCCUGGCGGACGGAGGCGUCGUCUGCAUCGACGAGUUCGACAAGAUGCGGGAGGAUGACCGGGUGGCCAUCCACGAAGCCAUGGAGCAGCAGACCAUCUCCAUCGCCAAGGCCGGCAUCACGACCACCCUGAACUCCCGCUGCUCGGUGCUGGCCGCCGCCAACUCGGUGUUCGGGCGCUGGGACGAGACCAAAGGCGAAGAGAACAUCGACUUCAUGCCCACCAUCCUGUCGCGGUUCGACAUGAUCUUCAUCGUCAAGGACGAGCACAACGAAGAGCGAGACAUGACCCUGGCCAAGCACGUGAUCACCCUGCACGUGAGUGCCCAGACGCAGACGGAGGCCGUGGAGGGCGAGGUGGACUUGAGCAAGCUGAAGAAGUUCAUCGCCUACUGCCGCCUGAAGUGCGGCCCCCGGCUCUCGGCCGAGGCGGCGGAGAAGCUGAAGAACCGCUACAUCCUGAUGCGCAGCGGGGCCCGACAGCACGAGCGUGACAGUGACCGCCGGUCCAGCAUCCCCAUCACCGUCAGGCAGCUGGAAGCCAUCGUGCGCAUCGCCGAAUCCCUCAGCAAGAUGAGGCUGCAGCCCUUCGCCACCGAGGCGGACGUGGAGGAAGCGCUGAGGCUGUUCCAGGUGUCCACGCUGGACGCCGCCAUGUCGGGGACCCUCUCGGGGGUGGAGGGCUUCACCACGCAAGAGGACCAGGAGAUGCUGUCCCGGAUUGAGAAGCAGCUGAAGCGCCGCUUUGCCAUUGGCUCCCAGGUGUCAGAGCACAGCAUCGUCCAGGAUUUCACCAAGCAGAAAUACCCCGAGCACGCCAUCCACAAGGUCCUGCAGCUCAUGAUGCGAAGGGGGGAGAUCCAGCACCGGAUGCAGCGGAAGGUCCUCUACCGUCUCAAGUGA